ACGAAAUCAUUCUAGGGCUGAAACAGACCCUCCACCGUGCCAUCAGGCGUCAUCUCACGGAAAUUGCAUCACCGAGGCAGCAGAUACCCGCCAUUUCCAACAAUACGCGUUAUCGUGCCUGUGAAACAGUCCGAGAUAACAUCAAGGGUUUCGCCCAUUACAGCAGAUAAGAACGGAGGUUGUACGCAAUGCCUAGCCCACAAGAGGAUCAAAUUAACCGUCUCUGUAGCAAAGCAGAGAUUCGAGCGAAAGCCAUCUCGCUAUACAACACCCUUCGAGCGACGACAGGUCGUGGGACAGGUUACGACUUAGGUCAGGCGGCUCCCGGGCUUCCCAGUAUCUGUGCAUAUCUCGCUUCUCAAAGGCUCAUUUCGGAUGAUGUGUCUGAGGAGAUUGCGCGAAAUGCAUCUUGUCUAAGCAAGAGGGUCUGGUUGAGCGCAUUGAAAACUACUAAUGCUGCUCUUGACGCACAUGAGGCCCAUGCUCAGCGUCUGACGAUCGCUCAACCCACUGUUGAACAGCCGCUGUAUCGGGAACUGGUGGAAAAGUUCAAAAUAGGUCGUCCUCAGCGAGUCGCUAAUUGGAUGUUGGAAGCAGAACGGACCUUGACAGUAGACGCUGAAUAUCGACGACGAUUCAGUGAUCUGGACGUGAAUGGAUGGGACGUCAAGAUAUCGGUAUUCUUCUGGAUAAGCCGGGUGUUGAAUCUGAGACAAGUGAAGGAAGAGCCUGAGUCUAUCAUCAAGGAAUAUGGCGCCGACCCACAUAUCUUCGCGUCGCUAUUGAAACUUGCUGAUCGGGCUUGCGCUGAGCUUCGUGAACGCAUCAACAAAACUGUGGCAGACUUGCGCGCUCAAGCCGGUGCGGUCUCGUCCGCAUCACCUAUCAGCCGACAACCUUCCGUCCAGAGAUCGCCCACGAAAUCCGCGCUACGCGUUACACAAAGCGCGACACCUUCCCAGGGCACCAAACGAAAGGUCGCAUUUUCCCGGUCAUCAGUAUCCAAUGAAGCCGAGUCAGCCGAUGGCGAGGAGGAGAUGUACGUUCCUGAGAGUCCGUCGAAACGACAAAAGAUUUCUUCUUCGCCUUACAAGACACCCAAAACCCUGACUUCACAAGAAGUAUAUACGUACCCGAUGCCCCUCCCCCCUCCGGAACUGGUUGCUUCGACUUCAAAAGUUACGCUGGAAGAUGUCGAUAUGGGCGCGCGAGCGCACCUAGCCGAACCCUCCCAACCAAUAGCCGGGCCUUCUACACCUCGCCGCACUGCACAGUCGCGCGUGCGAACACAUAGUGCCACUCCAACCCAUACAUAUCGCGUCCGUACUCCGCAGUUGCGACCCGAGGCCCACCACUUCCCUUCUUUCGAUAACGAGGAAGAGGAAUACGACGAUGACCUCAACGUCCCUGUCAGAACGCGCUUCCGGCCAGUACUACUCCCCUAUGCCCAGUGGGAGAAGCGCGCGCCUCUUGUGGAGAGGGAAGCUGCAGUAGCACAGAAGAAGAUGGACGCCUUGAUGAAGAGAUGGGGGCAUCCAUUUGAAUGGAUUCGUAGUGGUGCGGGUCAGUGAAGGCUUUCUGUAAGUUAGAUCGUGUAAGUUAUGUUCCUAGUUCGCUUUCAGUUUGAUUUGAAAUUGGAUUGCAGUUAUGGC